UCACCGUUCUACGUCACGUGACCUGAUGUCGACAAUCAGACGAUGCAAGAAAUGUAGUUGUAGCUAUUUUUUCCCCUUAAAUGAACCUGUUUAAUGACAAUUAUAAAACGGGCAAACAAUAUUUUUUUUCAUCUAGAAAUAAAAUCAAACAAAAAGUAUUAAUAAUAACGCAAAGACUUUUUAAAAGUCCCCCUUGAAGAUUCGCUGAUCUGAAAAUAACAGCCGAAGGAAAUGGAUAAGCUGAGUAUAAUUUCGAUGGCAUUCUUUUUCGCAGCAGAUCUCUUAGCAGUAGCCAGCAUUACAAUGCCAAACUGGAUAGUGUCAGAGAUGGGAGGUGCAACAUCUAUUGGGUUAUUGAAAACCUGUCUUACAGUAUAUGAAAGACCAACCGUAUGUUACAAUCCAGAACCUGCUCGUGCUGAAUGGUUCAUUACUUUCAUUUGCAUAGUACUUGGAAUUGGUUCUAUAUCAUCUACUAUUUUACUCCUAUGGUUUUCUUUCUGGCACUAUAGAGCAAUAAGAUUUGCUCGUUGGCUUGGUUUCGUUGCAAUGAUAUUAUUUUGUAUGGCUGCUGUCAUUUUCCCGAUUGGCUUUAACAUGGACCAGAUUGGUGGAUUACCAUAUCAACUCCCACACAACUUUGAAGUUGGAAUCUCUUACAUUUUUUUCGUUCUUGCAUUGUGGAUCACUGUUGUCUCAGAACUCUUUGUUGGGAAAGUGUGCGUACCACAUUUGUAAACAAAAAUCUCUAUAAUUAUCUCAUUCACCAUAAAAUUGUCUUUCAUUU